GGACUCCACCAAUUACCAAAUCCACUCCGCCGCUUCUUCCUGGGUCCCUCCCAGACUCGCAUCCUCCCCUCCCACGCCGCGGGGAGCAACAACCUCUUCUCGUUCACGACAAAACUCGCGACGGAAGCAAAGCAAGGAGACCGACCACCGGCUCGACGGAGGGGAGGGUAAAGCGGACUGGGCAAAAAAAAAAAAAAAAAAAGGUUUACCGGCCGAAUUCCAGUGGCUUCUUCGAUCGGGAGCGGGCGGGCGGCGGCGGAGAGAGGCCGGAUGGGCUCGUCGGCGGCGGCGAGCGCGCCGGGCCGGCGCAAGGUGGCGCUCUACCUCGCGCUGCUCACCCUGCAGUACGGCGCCCAGCCCCUCAUCUCCAAGCGCUUCGUCAGGCAAGGUGUUAUAGUGACUUCAUUGGUUCUUGCAAUUGAAAUAGCAAAGGUUAUAUGUGCAGUCAUUUUAUUGGUGGCAGAAGGUAGUCUGAAGAAACAAUUCAAUGAUUGGAGUAUCAUCAAAUCACUGACUGCAUCAGGACUUCCUGCUGCAAUAUAUGCAUUGCAGAAUAGCUUACUGCAGAUAUCAUACAAGAAUUUGGAUUCAUUGACCUUCUCUAUCCUUAACCAGACUAAGCUGUUAUUCACAGCAUUCUUCACUUAUCUUAUUUUAGGGCAAAAGCAAUCACCCAAGCAAAUUUUUGCAUUAACUCUCUUAAUCGUUGCUGCUGUCCUUCUGAGUAUUGGGGAGAGCAGCAGCAAAGGUUCUGGUGGUGGCAAUUCAGACUACGUCUUGCUCUAUGGAAUCAUUCCUGUUACAGUUGCAUCUGUAUUAUCUGGUUUGGCCUCGUCUUUGUGCCAGUGGGCAUCUCAGGUUAAAAAGCAUACCUCCUACAUGAUGACUAUCGAGAUGUCGUUUAUUGGGAGCAUGUGCUUGUUAGCCAGUACUUCUCGGUCGCCAGAUGGGGAAGCCAUGAGAAAACAUGGUUUUUUCCAUGAAUGGACUUUGUUGACAGUGGUCCCAGUGUUAAUGAAUGCUGUAGGUGGAAUUCUUGUUGGUCUGGUCACAACAUAUGCAGGAGGUGUUAGAAAGGGUUUUGUGAUAGUAUCAGCUCUCCUUGUAACUGCACUACUACAAUUUAUAUUUGACGGGAAGCCUCCAUCACUCUAUUGCCUGAUAGCAUUACCACUUGUCAUGACAAGCAUAUUUAUUUACCAGAAGUAUCCAUAUGUUGAUAGAAAGAAGAAAGACUGAGCAUGCUCACCAGAGGGGAAUUAUGUAGCAUCAGGACAACAUAAAUACAUAAUGCUAACCUCAUUUUGAUCCCACGAAAGUUGGAUGUGCCUUGAAUGGGCCAUAUAUGACCUUUAAGAGUCGUCUGUUCAUGGAGCUAUGUAUCAUUCAUCCAACGAUCUCUAUAUUAAAUGGAUCUCAUGUUCAGAAAAUACAUGGCUGGGGUUUAUUCCUGCAGUCAAUUUGAUAUUAGCUGUAUUUCUAAUUUCCUUUGCCCUGACUUUCUCUUUUACAUUAACAAGUUUUGUGAGUAUAGCCAGAUACGUUAUAUGCUUGAACAACUUGGGAACUGACUGCAUCUUUCAGAUGAUAUUCUCUACCUUUAUAUUGAGAUUAAAUCAGUCACAAUCAAACAUCA